AUGAAAUUGAUUUAUAUACCGGACGUUGGCUUUACUAUUGAUGAUCAUUUGGGACAGAGAACAAUCACAUGGAAUGAUCAACGCAAACAUAUUCGUAAAACAAUAUUAAAAGAAUAUUCUUACAAGAAAGAUGAUCGACUUUAUGACGAAGUGGAACUUAGCCAAAAACGAGAUAUUUAUCAUAAUAAUGAAGUGUUUUUUGUUUUAAGUUAUGAUAUAUCAUCAAAUUGUUUGAAAGAACUUGAAAUUCAUCAUGGAAUUGAUAUUGAAAUAAAUGGCGUCGUAAUCAAAUUUGGUGACGAGAUGACAACAGUGACUCAAAAGCUUCGUAUUGAACCGACGAUUUUAGAUGAAGGUGGAACAUAUUUAUUUCCAUCUUUGAAAAUGACUAUAUCAAAUGGUCGAGUGAUGGGCGAUGAUGAUGAUGAUGAAUCAGAUACAACCAGUAGUGAAAAUGUCGCAUAUUUCUACGCUUCAAAUAAUGUUGACCAUCUUUUAGCGCUGUAA